GUACUUCCGCAUUUGUAGGCUUUCUGGUUUGGAAAGUGUGGAUGUAAAGUGUGGUUUUAAAAAAUGGAAACUAAAGGAGUAAAAGCGAUUAUUUUUGACCUGGACAACACCCUGAUCGACACGAGCGGCGCAGGAGUGGUGGCUCUUCAAAAGGUGGGCGAACUUCUAAAAUCCAGCUUGAGCCUUGAUGAUGCUUCCAUUGAAACCAUUUGCAACCGAUUCAAACAAAAACUUUACAAUGAAGUUUUCAACCCAGCGAUGGGAAAAAACAUUGACCAAGUUCGCUCUUUGCACUGGGAAGAAAGCAUCCAAGAGACUGUGGGCUCCUGUCCUAAUGAAUCUUUAGGUUCGGACUGCUACAAAUUAUGGAAAUUAACCCGUCUACAACUGCUCACCAUGUCUCCGGAAGUCCAAGCGCUACUUAAAGAUCUGAGAACGAAAUAUAAACUGCUUCUUUUGACCAAUGGCGAAACGCAAACUCAGCGGGAGAAGGUUGAAGUUUCAAACUGUGAGGAGUUUUUUGAUGAGGUUGUUGUGGGAGGAGAACAGGUGGAGCAGAAACCGUCCGUGUCCAUUUUUCGGUUGUGUCUUGAGAUGCUGGGAGUGGAAGCUCAUGAUUGUAUUAUAGUGGGGGAUUCACUGGAUACAGAUAUACAGGGCGGGCUGAAGGCACAUCUCAAAGCUACAGUUUGGAUUAAAAGGGCAGAGGCCAAUGAGAGUAAUGUUAUCAAACCACACUACACUGUAGCAAAUGUACUGGAGCUGCCACAAGUACUGGCUCACCUCAAUUAGACUAGUGUUUUCCAGCUGGAGGUAUGGGGGCUCUAGCACUGACCAGGGGAUAUGUGGAAUGAUUUAUGAUUUAAACUAUGCAAAAUCAACUUUAAUGAGCGUUUUACCAUGUUAUAACACUAUUCCCUAAUUAUUGGCUUACUCAAAGUUGCAUUUUGAUUGGUUCAUAUCUGUUGUAAUCCUUUAUUGUCCUCCGUACCUCCGUGCACAUUCCUGUUCCUGUAAGUUGUAACUAUUUGGCAAAUUAAGUUCUAAAAGGUCACAUACCCAUUUUUCAAAAUCUGCUUGAUACCAAUGAUCUGUAACGUUCAUGCUUGGUACAGUCAAAUGCUACUGUGAAGAGACAAGGCUUCUCACUUCUGCGGUUUUGAACAUCCAAGUCACUCUAUGCAUUCACUUAUAUCUGGAGUUUAUCUCAUGUCAGAUGCCCUUCCUGGCCUGAUCAUUGCUGUUCAUUCUGGCUUGGGACUCUUUGUAGCUGGGUUGUUUUCUUUAUGAAAAUUACUUGAUGUAUUUUUUACUUUAUCCAUUUUUCUCGUUCCACAUUUAUCUGAAAAUUGUAUUACAUAUUUUUAUCUGUUUUUGGAUACAUUUUAAUUAAGCAUUUUAAUGAAAUGUUUUACUUAGGUUUGUUAGUUGUCAUUGGAGUAGAUAUUAAAAAUCUCUCUCUAAGAGCCUUCAUUCCUUAGAUUAAUUUCUUUAAAUUGCAUCUUGUCAUGAGGCAAAAAAUAUCUCUUUUCCUGUGUGCUCUUCCCCCUCCCUCACCUGUCUGAACCUGGAGCUGGGCGGAGCCCUCAGCUCCUCCCGCGCGCACCUGUGUCCCAUCAGGGUAAUCACCACCACCUGCUGUGCUUAAGAGGAGCUGGGAGAAGACACUCGGUGCCAGAUUGUCCGCGUGUCAACGUUCCGGUUCACCUGACCUCCCUGGCUUCUGGCUCUGUUCCUGACUCCGCGCUCCAGCUCUGGUAUUGUCAACUCCUUACCUCCACCUCCCUGUCUCGUCCUGGACCCCGGCAGUACCAUGCCCCGGCUCCGGUUCCUGCACUCCUGUCUGCUCAGGCUCUGCUUCCUCCGGUUCUGUUCCCAGUCUGGUCUGCGCCCCGCUCCCGGCGGAUCCCUGUUCCCGUCUCAGCGUCUCCCCUGGCUCUUGCUCACGCCCUGCCCGCGUCUCUUGUUGGAUUAUUGGACUAUUGUUUGUAUUUAUCACUAACUGUAAAUAAAACACUGUAAACCUG